AUGAGAAAAUCCAUCCAAUCUCUUGCCCGUAUUAACAAUACCCUUUCCUUUGCUCCAAGAAAUUGUUUCUAUGCUACAGUCCAAUCAAAGGCUGUUCGUUAUGAAAAGUUCGGUAAUCCAUUGGAAGUUUUGAAAGUUGAAAAUGUUGAUAUUGAUACCUCUGUUAAGAAUGAUGAAGUUGUCAUUAAAAUGUUAGCAGCACCAAUCAACCCAGCCGAUAUUAAUACAAUUCAAGGAGUGUACGGAAAGAGUCCAAAGUCUUUCCCAGCUGUUCCUGGUAAUGAAGGUGUUGGUAUUGUUGAAGAAGUUGGUUCUGGUGUUACCGGUCUUAAGAAGGGUGAUCAUGUCAUUCCAAGCAAUGGUGGUUUGGGUACUUGGAGAACUCACCUCGUUUGUAAAGCUGAAGAUGUUACAACUGUACCAAAGGAAUUGCCAGUUGAAUAUGCUUCAAUUCUUUCCGUUAACCCUUGUACUGCUUAUAGACUUCUUUCUGACUUUGCUGAAUUGAAGCCAGGUGAUGUCAUUAUUCAAAACGGUGCUAAUUCCAUGGUUGGUUUGAUGGUUAUCCAAUUGGCCAAAUUACGUGGUAUUCAAACUAUUAACUUGAUUAGACAAAGACAAAAUCACGAUUUAACAGUGCAAAGAAUGAAGCAAUUAGGAGCUGAUAUUGUUAUGGAUUAUUCUUUCGCUAGCAAUAAUACUAAGAUGUCUCGUUUAUUAUCGGAUUUACCAAAGCCAAAAUUGGCCUUGAACUGUGUUGGUGGUGAUGCUGCUCGUAUUGUUACCAAGUAUUUGGCUGAAGAUGGUGUUAUGGUGACAUAUGGUGGUAUGUCUAGACAAGGUAUCACUGUCCCAACGAGCCCAUUCAUUUUCAACAACAUUACUCUUAAAGGUUUUUGGAUGACUAGAUGGGUCGAAACUCACUCAAAGGAAGAAAGACAAAAGAUGAUUGACGAAUUGUCCAAACUCGUUAUUGACAAGAAGUUGUUGGCUUUGGUCGAAACACACAAAUUCUCUGAAUUUAAUUAUGCUUUGGAAAAGAGUUUCGAAGAUGGUCAAGAAAGAAAGGUCGUUUUGAAGAUGAACGAAUAAAUCCAAUAGAUAGAUGGUCACAAUCACACACAGUAACAUACACACAAACAAAAAAAUCACCAACAGGGACAUUGCUUGUAGGUCAAUAAAAAACAAAAUUUAUUU